CGACGAACUAGCUCCUAUAGGCUCUCCUAGAGUAUUUCAUCCCUGACCUAUGUAUUUGGAAUAAGAUGUGUAAAGAUUAUGAUAAAUACAUAAUAAUGGAACUAUAUUAUACUUGGUGAAUGAGACAGAUAGAGGAAUUUAUAAUAAAAACGAAACGAACCUUUCGGAAGAAGCCAAUAGAUACAUAUUUAGAAUAUCUUUCAGAUGAAACGAUUAAGUGACCAAGGUUAUUUCCUUAAGAAUAUAUUCUUUUCUACGUUUCUCAAAGUGAUUUUAUGGUUAAAUGGAAAUCUUGCGAAUUCAAUACCAACGAUUACCACAAUAGUAAGCAAUUUUACGAGUUUACGAAAGCAACGAGGAAUUAGGACAUAUUAAGUAAGUUUCGCGCGCAUAAACAAUGAUCCAUUUGCGCCGCCUUCGAGUAAUUUCUAGCUUAAAUUAUGAUUGGUUAGGAUUGACGUGAAUUUAAUGACGGCGAAACCAAAAGUGGCCGUAAGUGAUUUUUUCCUAGCAACUGUACAUUUUACUCUAUUAGAAAGCGGUAAUAAAGAAAGUAUUUCUAUAUAUAAAGAUUAAGUCUACAUUCGUAAAUACAUAAAACUUAUUAUAUUAUUAUUUUUUCCAAAAAAAAAAGAAAGCGAAUGAAUGAAGAUUGAAAACAUUUAUGGAAAAGUUAAAAAAAAAUGUUUAUUGCCACUACUUCAUCGACUUGUAUCUGCAAACAUUGAUCAUAAAACAUACGUGUCCAAGCGCACGACGUCGACUUAUGUUUGUUUUAAAAUACAUACUCGAACACGUAAAAAAGUUGUAGGUUAAAGUUACUUUCGAAAACUUUCCAACAGAAUUAUUCGAGAUCGUGGGUGUAUCAGAAAGUUUCGUGUUACUGCCACUUCAUGUUACGGAAGAUCAACAACAACACGACAUUUAAAAUACAGCGGAUAUGAUAUAAUUAGUAGGUAACCAUAAAUUGCAACUUACAGAAAUGUAGAACCUGUUGGAUCGGUUAGUUUCAAUUAGUUUAUUUAACCAGGAAAUAAUUCAGCAGUAACUUCGAAAGUACAGUUUCUAUGGCACCUCUUUUUUGUAAACUAUAAUGAAAAUAAACAGGUAGUCGGUUCUUUUUAUUUCAGUAUGUUUCAUUGACCUUAGUGAGCUGAAUAUAAGCUAAUGGAACAAUUAUUAUUUUAAUUAUCCAUAAUUUUUUUCAGGAAUCGUAUUUGAAAAGUAAAAAGAGAAAAAAUAUCUUUUUUACUUGUGGUUAUUCUCUUUCAUUUCGAGAGAAAUUUAACCUCGUGUAUUCAGUAUUCCAAGCAUUUUUCAUAAGUAAACUGCUUAUAAAUAGACAAGUAGAAACCACAAGUAGAAGUAUAGACCAUUAACAACCACCAAAUUCACAGAUAUACCGAAAUACAAUUUUCAUUCUUCUUUAAUCUUUUCAAAAAUAGCGUUUCAAAUUUGAAAUCGUUGCUCUUCUUAAAUAAACAAUUCACAGUACUUUUCUUAUGAUCGAAAGCGUGGAGACUUUCGCCGAAGAAUUUCUUCUACGAUAUUACAUAAACGACGAUGAUUGUUAAGUUCAACUAAGCGAUUUAUCUCGCGUGGAGUUUUUGUUGUAUCAUAGUCUAAAAAAAAGAAGAAAAAAUACAGAUAACAUUUUUUCAAACGGAGCACAUAGUGAGAAGAGCACCAUGAAAAGGAUGUCUCAGACAAAAAGAUAUUUUUGUCAGAGGCCAUGGGUGUCACGCCGAUAAUAUCACGGAGUGCCAGUAGAAUCGUUUUUGUUACAAUACGUAUAUAUGCUUGGUAUAGUAGCUGCAUUUGAGGUCCUGAGCUGAAGUAUCAGUGCAUUUCAAGAUGCUCUACGCGACCAUCUCUCUUCUUCUUAUACUCCUUUUUAUAUUUGGCGUUUAUGAUUGCAUCAAACCGCACAACUUUCCUCCUGGUCGGUGAACAGUCAAUGUGCCCAAAAUGGUUUCCAGUGAUCGGUUGCUUCUUCGCGUUUCGACGUUUGAAACUGAAACACAAGUACACUUACUUGGCUCUUCAAGACCUGACGAAAACCUAUGGGCCGAUUCUGGGCCUGAAAUUAGGGAAUCAGAAGGCCGUUGUGAUUUCGACGUAUGAUCUGGUAAAAAAAGUUCUUCUUCAGGAAGAAUUCAAUGGAAGACCGGAUGGAUUCUUCUUCCGAGUCCGUGCAUUUGGAAAACGAAAGGGAAUUUUAUUUACGGAAGGACCAAUGUGGUCUCAGUGUCGUCGUUUCACGAUGCGCCACCUCAGAACCUUUGGCCUAGGUCAAGCAAUUAUGGAGCAACAGCUGAUUAUCGAAGCUGAUAAUCUUGUGAAGUAUCUUCUUCGUGCCAGUGUCAAAGGUCCAGUACCAAUGCAUACAGCUUUCGAUAUUGCAGUUUUGAAUUCUCUUUGGUUUAUGUUCGCUGGACACAGAUUUGACUAUGCAAACGAAAAAUUAGUAGAAAUUCUCGAGACCGUUCACGAUGCCUUCAGAUUGAUGGACACAAUGGGUGGCAUCGUUUCACAAAUGCCAUUUCUACGCUUCAUAAUACCAGAAUUAUCUGGUUACAAUGAUUUAAUGAGAAUACUUCAGAAGCUUUGGAGUUUCUUAGACGAGGAAAUCGACAUUCACGAAAAACGACUGUCUGGAAAUCAACCGCAGGAUUUAAUUGAUGCUUUCCUUUUAGAAAUUUCUUCAAAAAAUACUGAACGAGGUGAUUCCAUUUUUGAUCGGGAAAAUUUAUUGGUCCUAUGCCUGGACCUCUUUUUAGCCGGUUCGAAGACUACGACAGAUAUUUUAGCGACCACUUUCAUAUUUUUAUCUUUACACUCUGAAUGGAUUAAAAUACUCCAGGAAGAACUAGAUAUCGUCGUAGGCAGAUUAAGAUCCCCUACUUUAGAAGAUUAUCCAUCGCUACCUAUGAUGGAAUCGUUUCUUGCGGAAGUACAGAGAUAUUUGAUCUUGGCGCCACUUGGAGUACCUCACAAGACCAUGAAGGACGUAACUUUCAGCGGAUAUAGUAUACCCAAAAAUACUAUAAUUCUCCUGGAUUUCCAUAGUGUGCUAAAUGAUCCAGCUUAUUGGGAUCAUCCAGAAGAGUUUCGACCACAGCGAUUUCUCGACGCAAAUGGCCGAUUCUGUCAAAAUAAUGCUAGCAUACCAUUCGGUUUAGGUAAAAGACGUUGUCCGGGUGAAAUGCUAGCCCGAACAUCCUUAUUCUUAUUCUUCGCCUACGUUAUACAUUACUUCGACAUUGAAAUUUCACCGGAGCACGGCGAACCCGAUUUAAAUGGAUAUGAUGGUUUCACUAUAUCACCGAAAUCUUAUUACCUCAAGCUUACGGCUAGAUCCGACAUUAUAAACUGCACUACAAUUGACACGGAAAUAUUUGACAAGCAUGUUGAAACCUAAUAUAAAAGGACCGAAUCGCCACGUGGCGUGCGAGCGAAGGUACAUUUGGACUUCUGCGAAACGAACUGAUUUCGUCGAACACGUAAAACGACGCGUAAAGCGACUUUCACGCGGUAGAAACAAUAAACAAUAUUCAAGAGAAAAAUUUGUUGAAGUCAAACAAA